AUGAGCGCCCAGAUCCCGCAGAGUUCCUCCGCCGAGGUGGAGGCUGCCGUCAGCCACCUGAUCAACCUGCACUUGCAGGCCUCAUCCACCUACCUCUCCCUGAGCUGUUACUUCGAAGGCGACAAGGUGGCUCUGACGGGCGUGGGCUGCUUCUUCCGGGAGUUGGCUGAGGAGAAGCGCGAGGGCUCCCAGCUCCUCUUGAAGAUGCAGAAGCAGUGGGGCGGCUGCGCCCCAGUCCAGGACGGGCAGAAGCUGUCGCCGGAUGAGUGGAGCACCAGCGUGGAUGUCCUGGAGGCCGCCAUGGCCCUGGAGAAGAGCCUGAACCAGGCCCUCUUGGAUCUGCAUGCCCUGGGUUCUGCGAGCGCAGACGCCCAGCUCUGCGAGUUCCUGGAGAGCCGCUUCCUGCAGGUGGAGAUGAACAUCCUCAAGAAGAUGGGCGACCAGCUGACCAACCUGCGCAAGCUGGCCGGGCAGGGCGAGUAUCUCUUGGAAAGGCUCUCCUGCCCGCGCGACUAG